CGGAGGACUGCUGCUGAGAGGUCUCCCGCUGCAAGCACUCUCCACCCUCUUCAACACCACCACCACCGCCACCACCCCGUCCCUUGGCUGUCUUUCUUCUCUCUUGCUCCUCCUCGUCUCCUUCUCUUUUCCCUCUCUCUCUUUUCUUUUCUUUUCCUUCGUUCCUUCCACCCCAUCCAUCUUCUCCUCCUUCACACCAUUGAUCCCUCCUAUUCUAAUCCCAACGAAACGAGAAGGGGUAUCCAUUGUCGCCAACACUCUACCCACCUUUCACUAGAGUUCUUCCCGUGAAAUAUAUCAGGAAGAGGAUACUUGCCGGGUGCUCACAAGGACACCUUACAACCAUUUAGUUAAUUGGUCUAUUGCUCGCUGCUACGCACUAAUUGCUCGGCUCAUUCAUUCAUUCCAAUCCUCCCCUCACCCAUCGCCCCCUCCUCUUCCUAUUCUCCCUCGCGGGCCUGCACAACAAUCCCCAAUUCUUGAUCCCUUUUUAAGACAUCACCACCAAACUACCAAACUCAAACACACAGGACAGCAAGGCCAUUCGAUGUAUGCACCCCCGUCCGAUGAUGAUCGACCCAGUGGUCGCCAUCACUUAUCCAAAGGUGCCAGUAGAGGCAGAUCAGGAACGGAUGCUAGCAAAAAGGGAGAAAAGGGAUCUGCCCUCCGACGGAAGCCAUCUGCUGCAGGUACCCGGGGACCGGUUUUGAAGCGAAGGAAGAGCUCCCCAUCAUGGGGUAUUAAGAAAGAUCUCAGCAUGGUUGAUCGCAUUGCGGCAUUUUUUGUUGAGAAUCAAAUAAGGUUUUCCGCAAUUAUCUUGGCCAUUAUGCACGGUUGCCAUUAUCUCGUCCCACAGCUUCGGCCUACAACCCGGAAGCUAUUAGAAGUCUGCUACUACAACCCCGUCACAGGGAACUAUGGGAAGGGCCCGGACGACGUAUACCUGGUGUUCUAUUGGAUAGUGAUGUUCACUUUUUUGCGUGCAACCGCCGUAGAUUAUAUCUUCAUGCCGUUCGCAAGACGUGGUGGGAUAUCAGCCAAGAAGGAUCUUGUCAGAUUUGCAGAGCAAGCUUGGCUUCUUGUCUAUUACUCCAUUUUCUGGACGCUAGGAAUGUACUUAAUGUACAAUAGUCCCUAUUGGAUGGACCUUGCUCAGAUGUGGGUGGACUGGCCUGUGCGCGAGCUUGGUGGUACCUUCAAGUGGUAUUACCUGGUCCAGUAUGCGUUUUGGCUGCAGCAAAUUUUCGUCCUAAAUAUUGAGGAGCGGAGAAAGGACUACCAUCAGAUGUUUGCGCAUCAUAUUGUGACUUGCAUGCUGAUCUUUGCGAGUUACACAUACCACAUGACCAGAGUUGGCAACGUUAUCCUUUGUGUUAUGGAUGUAGUUGAUAUUCUACUUCCGCUUGCCAAGAUGCUUAAGUACUUGGGCUAUAAUGCUAUUUGUGAUUGUGCUUUUGGGGUCUUCCUCAUCACCUGGUUCAUCGGCAGACAUGUCUGCUAUAUGCGUAUUGUCCACUCUUCAUGGGUAGAUGCACUCACCCAUAUCCGUGAAGGAUGGUACGCCCCCAAUCCUAUGGGAACUGUGGUUUUCACUAAGGAGAUUCUUGGAACAUUUGUCAUUCUUCUACUCGCGCUGCAAGUGCUCACGCUCAUGUGGUUCUAUAUGAUUUUACGUGUAGCUUGGAAGGUUAUUAAGGGAGGAGGAGCAGAUGAUACUAGGAGUGAUGAUGAGGACGAUGGGGAGGAGGAGGAGGAGGAAGAUAUUGAAUUUGAAGGUCCAAACCCUAAGGCUGUGGAGGCUGUUCAGAUGAAUGGCGCAUCUAUGUCGACAGCCUCAUUUCCAUCCGUUAUCAUGAAUGGGGGUUCUCACCGGCAUCUUUCUUCACAGCCACUAGGUGGCGGAUAAAAUUGAUAGGGAAUAUGAACAAAAUGAUGGGAGUUUAGUCAAAUUAUUUGCUUUCUUGUUUUUUUUUUCCUCUUCUUUUUCUUUGUCUUUAGGGAUUGUCUUUGCGGUUUUGGAAUGCGGAUGUAAAAGUGCGAGUGAACUUGGGGAGUGAACGAGUUUAAUUUUAACCCACUGUUAUUUUAGUCUCGGGGGAGGACUUUCUUUGCUUUUUGUUAUUAUUAUUCUUUUCUUCCCAUUCUAAGUCUACAUCAUCGUCUCUUUCUCUCACUCGCCAGUUAUCGUGUUUUAUUCCUUCCUUCCCACGUUUCGUUUAAUACCCGGCUUGCGUUUUUGCCUUUUUCUUCACUAGGGGGACUUGCACUACAUCAAUCCCACUUAACUUAUCGGUGCUUGAUUGCUUUCAUGUUUAUGGUCCUUUUUUUCUACGCUUGUCCGCUCAUCCAAAAAAAGUUUUCGCCUUAAUUAAAUGGGUUUUCUUUCACGGGAAUAAAUGUUUUUUUCUUCCUUCUGUUUUUCACAUACCAAAUCGUUAUUUUACACUUCGCUUUCCAAAUCAACAAAAGGUGCCCCGGAUUAACCUCCUUCCUUUUCUCCGCUACUCCCUUUUUUAGACUUGUUCCCUCUUAUUUUCUUGCUUUCUUCUUUCUUUUCUGUUAAUGCCUAUUGCUUUCGGUGGGUCUCCUUUUUGGUAUUUUUGUCUUCCUUAUUUGUGUUGGCAGUGCUCCCCCCUCACUAUACGAGUACUUAAAUUAGCAAACCUA